UAAAUAUAUAAUAUAAUUAUAAAUAAAAUGAAAUAGUAGAAUAAUAAAAGUGAAGUUAAAAAAUAGCAUAUCACCAAACAAUAUAAAAACACCUAACCAAAAUCAGUCCCAUCCCGAAACCGCAAUGGACAUCGAAUCCAACCCACCGCCGCCGCCGCCGUCAUCCGCCACGCAGUCCCCAAUCAACCGCCUGAACUCCUACGUGGCGAAAAGCCGGGUCGGGAAACGCUUCAAGGUCAGCGAACGCAACACCACCUUCACCACCGAGCUCCGCGCCGGCACCGCCACGUUCCUCACAAUGGCCUACAUCCUCGCCGUCAACGCCUCCAUUCUAUCAGAUUCCGGCGGAACCUGCUCCGUCUCCGACUGCAUCUCACUCUGCUCCGAUCCCACAGUUUCCCCCGCUGACUGCUUGAACCGCCCCAACCUCCGCCUCGUCCCCCCGGACACCUCCUGCAAAUUCCAACCGGUCAACCCCGGCUACGCCGCCUGCCUGGAAAAAACCCGAAAAGACCUGAUCGUCGCCACCGUCGCCGCCUCCCUCAUCGGCUGCUCAAUCAUGGGGGUUUUGGCGAACCUGCCGCUAGCACUAGCACCGGGUAUGGGAACCAACGCGUAUUUCGCAUACACAGUCGUCGGAUUUCACGGAUCGGGAAACAUCUCUUAUCAAAGCGCACUUGCCGCCAUUUUCUUGGAAGGUCUAAUCUUUCUACUCAUCUCCGCCGUCGGCCUCCGCGCCAAGCUCGCCAAAUUAGUCCCCAAGCCCGUCAGAAUUUCUUCCUCCGCCGGCAUCGGAUUAUUCCUCGCGUUCAUCGGAUUGCAGAGCAAUCAAGGUCUCGGACUCAUCGGUUACAGUUCCUCCACCUUAGUCACACUCGGCGGCUGCCCCAGCUCCGCCAGGGCGGCGGUGGCUCCGGUGAUGACGUCAGCUAACGGCACACUUAUGCUGAUCCCCGGCGGCUCUGUUUCCGGCGAAAUCCUCUGCUUGCAUGGACGGAUGGAGAGCGCCACUCUCUGGCUCGGCAUAGUAGGGUUUGUUAUCAUCGCUUACUGCUUGGUGAAAAAUGUGAAGGGGGCCAUGAUUUACGGGAUCGUGUUUGUGACGGCGGUUUCCUGGUUCAGAAACACCAAGGUGACGGCGUUUCCGAACACCCCCGCCGGCGACUCCGCGUACGAGUAUUUCAAGAAAGUGGUGGAUAUCCACAAGAUCGAGAGCACCGCCGGAGCUCUGAGCUUCAAGAGCAUCGGAGAACCCCACUUCUGGGAGGCGCUGGUGACAUUCCUAUACGUCGACAUACUGGACACCACCGGAACCCUGUACUCCAUGGCGAGCUUCGCCGGAUUCACGGGCGCCGACGGCGACUUCGAGGGGCAGUACUUCGCGUUCAUGUCGGACGCGUCGGCGAUCGUGGUGGGUUCCCUGCUGGGCACGUCGCCGGUGACGGUGUUCAUAGAGUCGUCGACGGGGAUAAGGGAGGGGGGGAGGACGGGGUUGACCGCGUUGACCGUGGCGGGGUACUUCAUGAUGGCGUUCUUCUUCACGCCGCUGCUGGCGUCGAUACCGGCGUGGGCGGUGGGGCCGCCGCUGAUACUGGUGGGUGUGAUGAUGAUGAAGGCGGUGGUGGAGGUGGAGUGGGGCGAUAUGCGGCAGGCGAUUCCGGCGUUCGUAACCCUGAUUCUCAUGCCGUUGACUUAUUCGAUUGCCUAUGGUUUGAUUGGUGGGAUUGGUACUUACAUUGUCUUGCAUUUGUGGGAUUGGGUACAUCAAUUAUUCAAUAAUAAUAAUAAUAAUAAUAAUAAUAAUAAUAAUAUUAAUAGUGGUGCUAAAGAGGGGGUAUAAUAUUUUAUUUUAUAAGGGUAUUUUUGGUAUUUAUUUAUUUUUUUUAAUUUGUUUUAUUUGAGUGGUAUCAAAUGAUUAUUAGGGGAAUAGGGAUUAUGAAAUUCAUGAUGAUGGAUUAAUAAUCCGGGAGGUGUGACAGAAUAAUCAAUAUAUAUAUCCCACUAUUCAACCA